AUGACCUAUAAAUCAAAAUUACCAGCAGUCACAUGUCCAGAAGACGUCACGGUCUGGUCAUGGCUUUUCGACUCUCCGAGUUUCCAACAGGCCCAGAAUCGAGGCGUCACGAACGCCGUCUCAGGGGAUCGCAUAACGUUUGCGGAGCUCAAAACCUAUGCCGAGCAGCUUUCCGUGGCUCUGGUUAGAGACCACGGGCUCCGACCUGCCGAGACGGUUUUGCUGAUGAGCGGGAACAAUAUAUGGUAUCCUGUCGCCAUGUUCGCGGCAUUAAGAGCUGGGGCCAGAGUUGCCGGAGUAACACCUGCAUCGACAGUGGAGGAACUAUCUCAUGUCCUUCGUCUUUCGCACGCCCGUUACUUCAUGACGGUCCCAACCUCCGCCGCGGUGGUGAUGACUGCGGCACGAGAUGCUGGAAUCCCGCUCAGCCGCGUUUUCCUCCUCGAAGGCCGCCACGGGGAUUUGGUCAACAUCCAUCGUCUCAUUCAGACGGGAUCUGAACUUGCCAUGACACCCUUCAACGAACCUUUCAAGAUCCCCCCCGGCACGAGCAAUCGUGACCUCUGCGGAUACUUGAGCUUUACCAGCGGAACGACCGGUCGACCCAAAGCCGUGAGUAGAAACCCCUUUCUUCCCUUCUUCAGUUUGGCGAUUAUCAUGACGACGGAGCUGAUUGAUGCCAUCCAGUUUACCGGUCUUGUCAACCUGUUACACCUUCCCAUUUAUCGAAACGCCGAGAUCCUCAUGCUCCCCAAGUUCACCAUGGAAUCGAUGCUGGACGCGAUAGUCAAGUAUCGACUGACCGAGGUGCUGAUGGUGCCCCCGAUCAUCGUGCGGCUUCUUCAAGAAGAGCCCAUGGUCUCACGAUAUGACCUGAGCUCCAUCCGCAGGUUCACCUCGGGAUCGGCGCCUCUACCCGAAGACGUGCUCGGCAUGUUGCAGGAUAAAUUCCCCAACACCGGAUUCAAGCAGGGCUGGGGGAUGACCGAGACGUGCUGCUGUAUCACGGCGACGGACCCGGCGCACUACGACUUCAAAUAUGCUCGCACCGCGGGCGUGAUCCUUGCGAACACGGAGAUCAAAAUCCUUGACGAGAACGGGGCCGAGGCCGACGUGGGCGAGAUCCUGGUCCGGGGACCUCAGUGUACGAUGGGCUACUUGGACAAUCCGGAGGAGACGAGAGGCACGUUCUUGGCAGACGGUUGGCUCCGCACCGGCGACAUGGGGAGAAUGGACGCUGAAGGCUGCCUGACCAUCACGGGCCGCAUCAAGGAUCUGAUCAAGGUGAAGGGCGUCGGCGUUGCGCCCGCCGAGCUGGAAGACGUUCUCAUCAGCCACCCUCACGUCCAGGACGCGGGAGUCCUGGGAGUCCCCCAUUCCUACAAGGGAGAGGUUCCAUAUGCGUUCGUGGUGCUCCACAAAGACGUCCAACCCAGCCGCGGCCUCGCUGAGGAGCUCAUCCAGCAUGUGCGUGCGCGGAAAUCCCGGCCAAAGUGGGUGGUGGGAGUGUCCUUUGUGCAAGCGAUCCCUCGCGGUCCCAAUGGCAAGAUUUUGCGACGGCAGAUGCAAAAGUUCAAGCCUGAGCUCAAGCUGUAG